UCCAGAUCAGGUUGCAGCUGUGGGAUACGGCAGGCCAAGAGCGAUUUCGUAGCCUCAUCCCGAGUUACAUCAGAGACUCCGCCGCCGCCGUCGUAGUGUACGACAUCACAAAUGUCAACUCCUUCCAGCAAACCACCAAAUGGAUCGACGACGUGAGAACGGAGCGGGGAAGCGACGUCAUCAUCAUGCUGGUGGGAAACAAGACGGACCUUGCAGACAAAAGAAAACAACAACAACAACACCACCUGCCGACCAAGCAUUCGACGUUGCGAUGUGCAGCGAGUACUACGACAAGCUUGAAAUCAACAGAAAUGCGACAGACGCAGACGUCAAAAAGGCGUAUCGACGUCUGUCACUCAAGUUUCAUCCGAGCAGCAACAAACAACCUGAAAGUGCUGAGAAAUUUUACCAGCUGGGUGAAGCCUACGAUGUUUUGAGUGACCCUCGCAAAAAGGCAACGUACGACAAGUUUGGAGUGGAGGGCCUGAAAGGCGGAAUCCCUUACGAGUUCGGCAGCGGCGGCGCUUGGUCGUCCAAAUACGUCUACCACGGCAAUCCAGACAAAACCUUCCGACAGUUUUUUGGCAGUGACAACCCGUUUGCAGACUUCUACACCAACGACAUCCCCCUGCUGCUGGGCGGCCUGCUCCCAGAGGAGGUCAAGACGCAAGAUCCCCCCAUCGAGAGAGAUCUUCAUUUGUCCCUGGAUGACCUCUUCCACGGUUGCACUAAAAAAAUCAAGAUUUCUCGAAGGGUCAUGAACGACGAUGGCUACACGUCGGGUAUUAAGGAUAAGAUUCUGUCUAUCGAUGUAAAACCCGGAUGGAAAGAAGGCACGAAGGUGAUUUUCUCCAAAGAGGGCGAUCAGGGCCCGAACAAGAUCCCCGCAGAUAUCGUGUUCAUAGUGCGACAGAAGAUUCACCCCCAGUUCAAAAGGCAAAACAAUGACUUGAUCUACCAGGCCCAGAUUUCACUGGCAAUGGCCUUGACGGGCUGUUCUGUCAACGUGGAAACACUCGAUGGCAGACUACUCAACGUUCCCAUCAACGACAUUGUGCACUUCACCUACCAAAAAGUGGUGACUGGCGAGGGGAUGCCGCUCUCCCACAAUCCUUUGCAGCGAGGAAACCUCAUCCUUAUUUUUGGCAUCCAGUUUCCUGAGAGGCUCUCCCCGGACAGGAAGGAUCUCAUCAAACAAGCUCUACUUUUUAAAAAUUGAUCACAUGUGGCCACAUUUUUUUUUUUUUUUUUGCCAUCACGGAGCAAAGGAGAGAAAUCGCAGCGGUCGGGAAUCGGCGGUCUAAAUCAUCCCACCUGCAGUCGGACUUUGGCCGUGUCCAGCGGGAAGGUCACCAGGUCAGCUACGCAGGCCGCCGCGCCAGCGCCAAAGAACUUGACCGUCGCCGAGGGCGGCGCCU